CACACGAGUUCACACUGUUUUGAGUUCAGAAGCUCAGAAAAAGGAAGUUCCUGAGGCAGCAGCACAGACUGGUUUUGUUUCUAGCCAUUUGAAGCUGAAAUAUGGACGAGGGCAUGUCAGGAUUUUGCAUUAAAGCAUCGAGUUUUCGCGAUGGUGGUAAUGGUAAUAGUGGAACCAAGUGCGGGCGUUGGAAUCCAACUACAGAACAGGUUAAAGUUCUGACUGACCUGUUCAGGUCUGGACUCCGAACGCCGAGCACUGAUCAGAUUCAGAAAAUCUCCUCUCAGCUAAGCUUUUAUGGCAAGAUCGAGAGCAAGAACGUCUUUUACUGGUUUCAGAAUCACAAAGCCAGAGAAAGACAAAAGCGGCGUAAAGUUUCUAUUGAUGACAAGGAUAUCAUUCGUCGAGAUCUGGAGAACAUAUCGUCUCCAAAACAAAUAAAUCAGGUUUCGGAGCCGGCAAGAGUGAUUGAGACCCUUCAACUUUUCCCUAUAAACUCUUUCAACGAAUCUGAGGGAGAGAAGCUGAGAUUUCACGCAAACGAAUAUUGCAAGGAGGCAUCAGCUUUUACCUGCACUGUUGGGACAGAAAUGGACCUUCCACCUUUGGAUCUGCGUUUAAGUUUCCUUUGAAUUACAUGCUUCAAAUAUAUGAGAAAAAAACGGAAAAAAAAGCUCCUAGCUAGCUAGUAGUCAUGGUUGCCAUUUGUAGAAUUUGGGGUUUAGCAGCUGGCAUGAAAGGGUGAACAGAAAGGUAGCGAGGGAGAGAUAGUUGUUGAAUAGUUUACGUAGUAUUGACGCUAAUUUGAGUUGUUGAAUUAAGAUAUUGGAAAUUCUUGGACAUUCUUCUCUGCAUGUGCACUUUCUUGUUGUUAUUAAUUUCUCUGUGAUUUACUCUGUCGGAUUUCUUGUUUGUAUGAAUGGCUUGGAAAUUGGAAUUUUCUCUUGCUCCACAUGAGCAA